AUGCCAACAAAAUAUUCGUCUAAUAUUAAUCCUAAGAAAACACCGGAUACUCUUCAAUCGUCAUAUUCAUUAUCUCGUGAGAACACUGAACCUUUAUCAUCUUUAAUACUUCAAUCAAGCCCUGAAACAAAACAAAAUGGAUUAAAUAAAGUUUAUUUAAAUAACUAUCAACUAAAACAUGCUGGUUUGGACAUUGGAGAUCCUGUUUUAAUUGAAGAUGAACGAUCUUUGCCUCGACAUUUGCUUGGAAUUGCUUGGGUGAAUUCUGGAAUAGGUUUUGAUGUAGCAAUGUUGUCAGAUGAGAUGAGAAAGAAGGGUAAUUUUGCAUUAGGACAGCGUAUUUUUGUUAAAAAAUACCCAGAACAACCACUUAAAGCUGGUAUUAUUGAAAUAGAGAGUUUAAAUUGUGACUUAGAAGGAAAUUUGUUGAAUAAAAUCAAGGAUUUUCUUGUAAAAAUCAAAUAUAUUUGUAUAGGAUCUGAGUAUGAAUACUAUCAUUGUAGAAGAGCUAUUACUAUUAAAAUUAAAACUGUGAAUGGUCAGAAUGACAUCUCGAAUUCUAUUAAAGUAAUGCAGAUUUCAGAUAAAUGCAUUUAUCCUGAUAUAUUUUUGGUGAUGAAUGAUACGAAACUUAUUUUAUCAUCUAAUGAAAACGUUGAUACUCUAUUUUUUAAAGUUACAUUUGCAGAUAUUGGUGGUUUAAAACGUCAAAUAGAACUUCUUAAAGAUUAUGUAGAGAUGCCUCUUUUAAAACCUCAAUAUUUUCAAAGAUUUAAUAUAACUCCACCUAAGGGAAUACUUUUAUAUGGGCCUCCAGGAACAGGGAAAACCAUGCUUUUUCGUGCUAUUGCAAAUGAAACAAAUGCUUAUGUAGAACUUGUUAAUGGACCAUCUAUUAUUGGGAAAUAUCUUGGAGAAACAGAAGCAAAUCUUACCAGAAUAUUUGAAAAUGCAAAAAAGCACCAGCCAAGUAUUAUUUUUAUUGACGAAAUUGAUGCAAUUGCUCCAAAAAGAGGUGAUGAUACUGCUGAUCGGAGGGCAGUUGCUAGUUUACUAACUUUAAUGGAUGGAAUGAAUAGUUCAGGUCAAAUAGUAGUUGUUGGAGCGACAAAUAGGCCUAAUGCUUUAGAUGAAGCACUUCGUAGGCCUGGAAGAUUUGAAAAAGAAAUUGAAAUAGGUGUUCCUGAUGUGGAUGCUAGAUUAGAGAUUUUGAAACUUCAUUUUGAUAAAAUGCCCCACAAUUUAGAUAAGAAUGAUAUUGAAAAUUUAGCAAAAAGAACACAUGGAUAUGUUGGUGCAGAUUUAACAUCUGUUUGCAGAGAAGCUGCAAUAUCUGCCAUAAAACGAGGAAUUGCUGAAAAUAUUUCAGAUGAAAAUUUUAGUAUAUCUAAACAUGAUAUUGAAACUGCAUUAAAACAUGUAAGGCAAAGUGCAAUGAGAGAGGUAUUUUUAGAGACGCCACAUGUUAGAUGGUCAGAUAUAGGAGGACAACAAAUGGUAAAACAAAAGCUACGUGAAGCCAUUGAAUGGCCAUUAACACAUCCCCAAACAUUUCUAAGGUUGGGAAUUAUUCCGCCUAAAGGAAUUUUAUUAUAUGGACCACCUGGAUGCUCAAAAACAUUGAUUGCAAAAGCAGCUGCUACAGAAGCAGGAAUUAAUUUUUUCGCUAUUAAAGGUCCAGAAGUGUUUAAUAAAUAUGUUGGAGAAAGUGAAAGAACUAUUCGUGAGAUAUUUAGAAAAGCACGCUUAACUAGUCCAAGUAUGAUAUUUUUUGAUGAAAUAGAUGCUUUAUCAACUAAUAGAGGAUCAGGAGAGGAAACAGCUGAUAGAGUAUUAUCAGCAUUACUUAAUGAAUUAGAUGGUAUUGAAAGUCUUAUUAAUGUUACAGUUUUAGCUGCAACAAAUAGACCAGAUGUCAUUGAUCAUGCAUUACUACGGCCUGGAAGAUUUGAUAGGAUUAUAUAUAUAGGUCUUCCUGAUUUAGAAACACGGAAAGAUAUUUUUAGAAUAAAAUUUAAAACUAUGAAUAUAUCAAAUAACAUAGACAUUAAUUAUUUAUCCGAAAAAACAGAUGGAUGUUCUGGUGCAGAAAUUUCUGCAUUAUGUCAAGAUGCUGGAAUCAAUGCAAUGUAUGAUGAUAUUAAUGCAAUUAAUAUAGAAAAGAAGCAUUUUGACAAAGCGUUAAUGAAUCUUGUUAAACGUACAACACCAGAAAUGAUUGAUUUUUAUACAUCUUUUAACAAUGGUCAAAUACUUAAAUAUACUUGA